AUCUAAUUUGAAUGGAGCAAGCAUGUCUUUUCCUGAUUUGCAGGAUAUGAAGAAUAUGACAAGAUUGGCACUGAGAGAUUGCUUGAUUACUGAUCAAAUCCCUCCCUAUCUUGGAGAAAUGAAAAAAUUAAAAAUCUUAGAUCUGAGCUUCAACCGAUUGACCGGUAAAAUUCCCGAAAGCCUACAGAGUUUGGACUCUAUAGAUUACAUGUUUCUGAAUGACAACUUGCUAAGUGGAGAAGUACCCAAAGGGAUAUUAAACUGGAAAGAAAACGUUGAUUUAUCUUACAACAAUUUUACAGGAUCACCUCCAUCUACUUGCCAGCAAAACGAUGUGAACUUUGUUUCCAGUUAUUCAUCUUCAAAGAGUAGCACGAUUAAAAAUGAGACUGAACCAAAGUUCUAUUUUGUAGAGUACAAUGGUGCUUAA